CAUCCUGGCGUUCGCCCGGGUUUGCGAUGCUCAUCAGAAGACUGAGUUUAGCGUAUAAAUGUUCCACCGUCUCCUUUGGGAUCAUCGCUCUCCGCUGUGACCUUUCAGCUUUGGAUUAGGAAGAAUUUGAUUGGUUUGUCUGUGGGAAAGAAGAGAGAAAGGGAGAGGUGUGUGGUCAGGGAGUUGCCACUCGCUCGACAAGUGCUCUCCUAAGUGGAGAGAGACGUUCCAGUUGUCGGUUUGGUUAGUGAAGCAUUCGGGUAGCGAAAGUUGGAGGGGAACAGCGAAGGGAAAUGGCGUCGGAGAAGGCUCGUUCUGGUGCGGGGCAGAUUGGCGAGGCCGGUCGGGAGAAGUAUGAGGAACUGAAGGAGACCGCGGCGCAGAAGGCAGAGGCCGUGAAGGAGAUGGCGGCGCAGAAAACGCAGGAGCUGAAGGAGGCGGCGGCUGAGAAGACGGAGGCAGCCAAGCGGAUGGCGGCGGAGAAGACGGAGGCGGCCAAGCAGACGGCAGCGGAGAGGUCCCAGGCGGCGAAAGAAGGAACUCAAGAGAGGUACGAGGCAGCGAAGGGGUCGGUGGCCGAAAAUAUUCAGCUGGCCAAGGAGGCGGUGGCGGAGACAAACGCGGCGUUCAGAAACCAGACUGCUAGCGCGAUACAUGCUGUCCAAGAGUCGGCGAAGUCGGCGAUGGAAAGCAUACAGGAGAAGGCGAAAUCCGCUACGGAGGCCGUCAAGGGGAAGGCAGGCUAUGGACAAUCUCAGCAGUGAAAGGCUGCGUACUGGAAUAGAAGUAAGGUGGUGGUAAGCUGGCCGGCCAGCGAAGGAGAAGAGGUAGCCGCUGUGUGGGAUGUGUGAGAGAUACUCGUGAUAGCCGGGAGCGAUGGUAUUGUGUACUGCGGCUACCGCCUAAAGAGCACGAGAAAAUGUAGGGGAUGGAAGGGGGGCAUGGGUCCUCGGAGGUGACGGAGUGACGCAGACUACGUUGUACGUGGUUCCGUGGAGUCGACGUGUGAUGCAGACAACGUAUUGGCGGAGGAAAGCGCUCUGACAUUGCAGGAAAGGGGCAUCAAUUUGACAGUGCAUAUGGAGAGGGGAACGGGAAGUGAGGUAUGCAAAUCAGCUAGGAAGUUUAGGGAGCCUCGAGGUUGCUGUCUGAGAAAGAGACGGAUGUUUUCGGGAGAGAAAUUUGGAGUGGCUGGUAUGCGGCGAAUGAACGAGGAGGUGCUGCGAGGAGUCCGUUGGUCGCACGCUGUCGGUUUCUUUAACUGUGGCGAAGCCUUCGCGGAAUUAUCUAGGAGCGGACGGACGCUGGGACUCUGGGACUUAGGUUGGCAGAGCUCGUAGUUCCACUCACUGGGACUCUGGAACUUGCGUUCUCUCACUGUUGAAUUGUGUCGCAAAGCAUUGGCGCAAGUGAAGACACCAGAACUGUUACAGGGGUGUGGGUGUUUGUCCGUCAUCAGGGGAUCAACGAGUGUUGACUGUAGGCGGAAAGAAGUUCUGUGGGUACUGGAUCUUUAUUACCGUUGACUGUUGCGCUGUGUGUGUGAUACGGCGACGUUUAAUAACCUAACGAUGCUAGCCUUUCGAAAGACUAGCCUGGCGUCUAUGGCGCGGGAUAGUGUGUGAUACUAAGGUUCCUGACAUAGGUUUACCGUAGGCGUUGCUGCCAGUGACCGGUCGGUAAGGUUCCUGACAUAGGUUUACCGUAGGCGUUGCUGCCAGUGACCGGUCGGUAAUCCUGGGUCAACGUCGCCUCAAAGAGCCAAUCAUGUGAGGUCAUAAAUGUUCGGUAAUAUACAUGCAGCCCCUGUGCUCGUGGAGUCGUUCUGCACGAUGAGUGUCGCGGCCAUUCUACUGUAGCUCUCAUGGAGGGGAUGCUGAACUCCGUUCGCAGCAGGUUCAUCUCUUUAGCUAUUUCGUGGAACCGAGAAUUAUAGUGGAGACGACUCUUAUUGUCUCCGCAUAGGUGCCCGGUAGACAUAUUAGCCGAUCUCGGGGGGGUUGAGGGGGAAGGCUGGUCUACCCUACAGACACAGCGAAACGAAUAGUGUGUUCAUAGGAUGAUUUCCUGAAUUUGUUUGGAAAGAAGCCGAAGUGGUCCAACCUUCUGUACCCGAAUACAACAUACGGAUUGCUUUAUCUAGGCUGAAAAGUACCCGAAAUACAGCUUUAAUGACCGUACGUUACGUUGUAUUCGGGUGAAGAAGUGCGAGUAUGCCCUAAUAAGAGAUUUAGGGGGGGAGAACGUUGGGGGAGAAUGUUGAUGCCAAUGUCUGUAGCUCAGGCGUAUGGGGGGAGAAUGUAGGGGGGGAGAAAUUCAAUGAUUGUCUGUAGGGGAGGCGUAUGGGAGGUAGGGGGGGAGAAUGUUGAUGCGAUUGUCUGUAGGGGAGGCGUAUGGGAGGUGAAUGUUCAUGUGAGUAAGAAACAGCGUGUUUGAGGGAUAGAUGCGCUGCGUGUUCAGUGUGUCCGUGAUAGUCCGUUAGCAUCCGUGGUCGACGAUGAUUUGAGUGAUGUUGUAUGGGCCGAGUUGUUCACCAGGGGUGUGUUCUCAUGUGCCAUUGUUGACCAGAGUUGAUGACGUUUCAAAAACACUUCAGCACAGAAUCAGCAGUGUAAGGGAAAUGAAAAUUGGCUUGGGAA